AUGGAAUUAUCAGAUGCAAAUGACAAGGAACAAUCUAAGUAUUAUUCAGAAUGUGAACAUUUGGACAAGAACAACAUUAUAGGGAUAGAUAUGCUUUGGAUAAUAUGUAAGACAAUAUUAAUUUCCAAAGGAGUAUUUAAUAAUAUCUGGUAUAUUGAGAUAUAUAGGGAUAAUGACGAUUUAUUAUGGUCUGGUGUAGUAACUGCAGUAUUUUCAGAUAUUAUGCUAAGCUCCUUUGAGAAGAUGAAUGAUAAGACUUAUAAACUAGAGAUGAAGGUUUUUCAUAAGAAAUUUACUUUAUGUUCAGAGAAAUUUUUGUCUAUUUUCUCAUCUCUAGCUAUAUGGAAAUCUUUGUUUUUAUUACUAAACUACUCAACAUAUAUAAUGAGAAGGCGUGAGAUAUUGUACUCCAAUCAUGUUGAUGAGUACAUGAAAAUAUACCUUCAUAUAGAACAAGUUUCUACAAGAGAUAAGAGUGAGUUAGAUAGAUUAGAUAGAGAAUAUAUAGCAGAGAGGCAAGAAGGCAGUACAGAAAAUAAAAGGGUUGAGCUAAUGAAACUAAUUGCAAAUGGCAUUCAUUUCACUUUUAGCAAAUGUUCUAAAUCUAUAAAUGAUUACUCUUUUACUAAUAUUUCAUAUAUAAAUCCAUUUACAUGGUUUUGUUUAAUUCCACUUUCUUUACUAUUUCAUUGGUGGAAAUAUGAAAAGUUUACUUUGAUUUUAUUAGAGUAUUUAGCAGAAUGUUGGCCUGAAAUAAUUUUUAACGUAGAUUCAAAGAAUAAUGAUAUUGGAAUGUUCGAGUUUAACAAUGCCAUUAUGAUACAUUUACCCGUUGUGUAUCAAGAGUAUUUGGCUGAAUUAUUGAAUUCAACUCCAAGUGGAAGGCAAUUAAUGGCAUCUUAUAUUGCUAAAUUAGGUGUUAGUAUUUUGAGUGGUACUUCAAAUACAGAGAUAGGGGGUAAUAAUAUGAAUAGUUUAAAUAUAGAAGUAGAAAAGCAAGCUAAAAUGCUAUGCAAUAGUAGUAAGCAGAAAUCUAGACAAUUGGUAGGUGGCAUACCAAAUUAUAUGAAGCCAACAAGAUUAACAGAACUAAGAAGAAUGCAUAUAGAGAAUAUGAAGGCUAAUGCACAAUAUUCACAGGUAAAGUUAUCUAAUAUGCAAAAAACAAAUUUAAGAAAUACUUCAGAUAAAGAAUUUAAUACAGGUGAUAAAGAACAGAGAUCAAUUAAAGAAUAUAAUGAGAAUAAAGAGGUGAACUGUAAUUUAAAGAAAAAUGAAGUUUUAGAUAAUGGAUCUAAUUUAGAUAUCUCUGAUAUCUCAAGUAAUAAAUUGGAUAAAUUAGAAGUGAAAAAUAAUGAAAACCUAAGCAUUGAAAUGAAUAAGGGAUCUAACCCUAAAAUAACUAUGAAUAAAGAUCAGGCUUUGAAUAAAAAUUCGGAUGUGACUACUGAUAUUACAAAUAAUAAUAAAAUGGAGGACUUAGAAACAGUUGUAGGUAUUGAACUUAUAAGGGCAAAUAAAGAUAAUUUAUCUUUGCAGGAUAGUAAUUCAACUGAUAUGAAGCUUUUAUUAUAUAAUACGACAGCUAGAGAUGAUACAACUACUAAUAAGCCAAAUUCAAGUACUUUUAAUAAUAAAGAUAUAAGUAAAUUUUGUAAUUACUCAAUUCAUGACCAGUUAAAUGAACAAGUUUUGAAUACUGUAAAGGAAAUAGAACAAUUAAACUAUGAGGAAUAUAUACUAGAUAUUAAUGAAACAUCAACUUGUGCUCCUGACCAUAUUUUAAGUGAUUUAACUAAGGAUACAGAUAAUAAAUAUGGUUUAAAUUCUAAUGGAGAUACUGAGUUUGAUAUUAGUAAUAACUUAGUGGAUGAUUUUCAAGAAAAAAGUAGUUUUAUUAAUAAUCAAGAGUAUUUAAAACAGGAAAGAGAAAACACUUGUAAAGAUCCCUUCGAUUGGUAUUGUACUCCAGUUACAGAACCUGAUAAUUAUACUAAAGAUAGUCCUGAUGAUAUUGAAGAUACUCCACCUGAUUAUUAUAUGGUUAAACUUGAAUCUGAAACUAACAAUAUAAAUCCUCCUAAGUCCCAAAAGGAUGAUAAAAAUAAUAUGAAAUUAAAUAUAUCACAUCAAAAAGUACGAGGUAACUUCGAUAUUUCUAAUAUAUCUGAGUUAGAAAUGGAUAAUUCGGGGAAUUUAGAAUUUAAUCCAUAUGAAUUAGAUAAUUUGAGAGAGAUUGAAAGUAUUUUAGAUGCUGAAAUCGAACAGUUACAAGCUGAAGAAGAUGACUUGGUAUUAAAUACAAUUAAAGCUAUUAAAUAUUGA